AUGAACAAAUUAUAUAUAUUUAUAGGAAUAAUAUUUAUUAUAUUAUGUUCUGACUUUAGUAAUAAUGUAAAUGAAAACAAUAUAUGGAAAUCUCAUUAUUCCAUUUUUUUGAAAGAAAGAUUUAAUAGAAACAAUAAUUAUUAUAAUGAAUAUAAUAAUAUAGGUAGGAAAAAAAUAAAGAAAAGAAAAUAUAUUUAUCCUCCAAACCUUGGUUAUAUAUUUCUACCUUUUAAUAAUAAACUUGGUCGUUCUAAUACUUACAAUAAUGUAUCAAGAAAUGAAUGUAUAGUUGAUUAUAUAACAAACAGAAAGAUGCAAAAGGAAAAUAUUUUCCUUUUUCAUAAUGUGCAAGCAAUAAAUAAGAAAAUGAAAUUAAAAUAUCAUGUAUGUAUAUGUGCUGAAAAUAAAAAAAGAAAUAACCAUGUGUUCAUGGAUAAUAAAUGGGGAGAAUCUUUUCAAAAUGACAAGACAGAAGGAGUAAUUGAUAAAAACAUUCCUAGUAAUUUAAUUAAUAAUGACAAUGAAAAUAAUCCUGAGUAUGAGGGUAUGCCUAACCACCUAAGCGAUAGUAAUUUAGAAAGUGCUCUGAAGAAAGCAGAAGAAUAUAUUAAAGGAAAAAAAGAUGAUAUAAUAGAAAGAAGGGAAAAAGAAAAAAAGAAAAAAAUUGUUGAAAAAAUGAAAGGUGAUGAAGAUGUUUUUUCAGAUAAGUUAUUAGAUUUAAAAAUAUAUGAUAUGUUAAAAUAUGUAUAUAGAAAUAAUAUAUAUAGGACAUCUCAUGAAUUAGUAAAUAAUGUAUGCAUGUGGAUGAAAAAUACGUAUUCUUCUUAUGUAGAUACUAAUAAAGAAAUAGAACGAAGAAAAAAAAUGAAGCAAGAAAAAGAUAAGGUAGAAAAUAAGGAAGAAGAUAAAGAAAAAGAUGCAAAAGAUGAAGAAAAAAAAGAGGAAUUAAUAAAUUCAAGUGAUAAUCAAAGUAAUACAAAACAGAACGAAACUGAUAUUAAUUAUAAAAGGGUCGAUGUUAAUAUUGAUGAAGAUAUAACAAAAGGAGGAAACCCCCCCAAAAAAAAGGAGAACGAAAUUGAAAGUGAAAUUAUAGAAAAAGAUAUUUCAACAAAUUAUAGUAAAGAUAGAAAUGUACAGUAUUUAAAUACUUUUUCUUUUAAUAAAAAUAAUGAAAAACUGAAUAAUGAAAUGGAGAGCUUAAAAUUGUAUAAUAAAAAAAAUUUAAGUAAAUAUUUUUUUUCUCUCUAUAAAGGAAAUAUAUUAAAACAGUUGGUAACUGAAGGUGAGGAUCUACAACAGAAGGAUGAAUAUAUGGAAAGAAAAAAAAAAAAGGAUGACAUAAAUAAAUGUGAUAGUAAUAAUAAUAAUAUGUUACAUAAUAAUAAUAAUUUGUUAGAUAAUAAUAAUAAUAUGUUACAUAAUAAUAAUAAUAUGUUACAUAAUAAUAAUAAUAUGUUACAUAAUAAUAAUAAUUUGUUAGAUAAUAAUUACUUGGAUAAAAGAGUAAAAGACACACUAACACAGGAAUUAUUUCUUUAUGAUGAAGAAUAUUAUAUAGAUAAAGAAAGAUAUAUGAAAUCCAAUGUUACUAUAGAAUUUAAUAUUUAUGAUACUUAUAGUGAUAAUGUUAUUUUAAAUAAUAAAAAAACAAAUUCAACUAUGUUAGAGUUCCCAUUAAUAGAUAGUCAUCAUAUUAUUCAGAAGUGUAUAUUAACAAUGAAAAAAUUAGAAAAGGCUAUAUUUUAUAUUAAAAAUAAUUUAUUAUUUCAUACAUUUAACUACAAUGAUAACCCUACAAAUAAUGAUGAUAGAAAUAUUUAUGAUGUUAUAAUAAAUGAAGAAUGGGUUAAAAUGGAAUUAUAUUUAUGUAAUAUAUAUGGUAUCAAUGAAAAAUGGAUGGGUAUUACUCCUAAUAUGUUUGAAAAUGAAGAAAAGACAAAUAUGUUUUUAAAAAAUUAUAACAUGGAGAAUCCUCAAAAUAAUAUUAUUACUUUAGGGGACCCAAAUAAUAAUUCUAAAGCAGUAACUAAUGACACGAAUGAUGAAAUUAUAAAUAAAAUAAAUGAUGAUAAAAAUGGUACCUUAAAAAAAAAUACUACUCAAGUUGAUAAGGGUCCUAGUAAUAAUAAUGUAACGGAUGUUUUAAAUAAUUCAGGGUAUGUGCCAUGCGCUGGUUUGAAGGAUGGAAAUGUUGAGAGUGACAAAAAUGUUGCAAGUGACAAAAAUGUUGAGAGUGACAAAAAUGUUGAAAGUGACAAAAAUGUUCCAAGUGACAAAUAUCUUUUAAGUGACAAGAAUAACGAAGUGAUCGAAAAGAACUCAUGCGAUGCAGUGGUGGAUGAAGCUAGCCAAAAGAGAAGAGAAGAAAUUAUAAGAAAGACUGAAGAAUAUGAAAGGAGAAAAGAAUUAGAAAUAAAAAGUGAUUUAUUAUUAAGAAAAUUAGAAAACGAAAUGAAAUACGAUCCAGAUCAUUACAUGUGGAAAGAUUUAUAUCCUCAAUUAAGUGAGCAUCAUAAAAAGAAGACUGAUAAAUAUUUUGAAAAUUUAAAAAAAGAAAUGAGUGAGAAUAAAUGUAGUAGAGGAUAUACAGAUAAUAUAAAAAAGAAACAAAGUAUGAAAGGAUAUGAUAUAGGUGAAAAAAUUGAAGGAAGAACAAAAUAUUAUAUAUGGCAUGAAAAUAUGUUUAGUUUUUCUUUAUAUUUUUUUUUACGUCCAUAUAUAAAAAAAAAACAUAUUCUUAUAGAUAUAGAUAAUCAUUUCUUUUCAUUAACAAUAAAUAAACAUAAUAUUAUAAAGGAUAUUUUUAAUCAUCCUAUAAAUUCUUCAGAUUCUGUUUGGUCCUUGACAGAUAAUGAAGAUAACCUUUCUACUCAAAACCAAGUGACUGACAUGCAAUUUCCUGUAUAUGAUAUAACUAAUAUACAAGAUGAGGAAAUACAAAGGUUUAUUAAGAGUAAAUAUUCUUUGGUAUAUAAUAUAUAUAAGGAUAACAAUCAUAGGUAUAUGUGGGGGUCUAUAUUUAAAUCAUCAUAG